AAGGACAAGUUGACUUUUUGUCUUUUAGGGGUCCUUGUUCCCAAAUUCUCAUAUUCAAAUUGGCCAAAGUUUAGGAGCUGUGUUGCCUGCACAGAAAUUUCUUUGGAGGUUGCUAGUCUUACUUGGGCGUUUCUAGAUGACUAAGAUAGUCCUCAGUAGCUUCCAAAUGAGUAGUUGGCUUCGGCUAUAAGUCAAGUCUCUUGCUUUCGUGGUGAUUUCCAUGAAAGUUAGAUUCUCUAAUGAUAUGAAGUUCUUGUACUUUCUCUUCAUUUCGGUUUAGUCAAUUGACAUUUCUAUAUAAUUGAGUUUUUCUCUUUUGUUUUUCUUCAUAUAGACCAUACUUGCCUCCACUUAAUUCUUAAUAUCCCUCUGUCCUCACAGGUUGGCUUAAAACACACGAAAUUGUUGUUCUGAUGGAACUAGAAAUUUGUUAGUGUGCCUUGUUAUGCUCUUUCAGAUUUCUAUUUGUCUUGCAGAAAAUCUUGUAUAAGUGAUAUAUGGGUGUUAAUAUCUUUUUUGUUAUGUUUUCCAAUACUAUUUUAUGGCUUUCUGUUCUGAGAUGUGAUAGGCAAUGUUGUAUACGAUCUUGUAAUUUGUUUGAGGAAUUAAUAUGUAGCAAUGUAUGCUCCCUAAAAAUGCUUGCUAAUUCAAAAAAUUGAUCAAAUAGAGAUGGUCAAUAACUCAAUGUGCAGUUUGUGCCACAAGUAGAGGGCCUCUAGCAGCUUUGCUUGGCGGAAGAACAAUAUCAAACUUUUAAAGCAGUAGCAAGUUAAGACGUUACUAUGGGAGGGAAGCCAUCAAGAGACCACAGCCAAUGCUACAAUCAAUACCGUGUUGGUUCUUAUGCUUCUCCAUCGAACCUCGGCUCUUCAUCCUCUUCUUAUUCUAGGAAUUAUGCUGAUUAUGACUCAAGAAAGUUGCAGUCAAGGUACCAAAGAAUUGGUGAUGACUACCACUCAUUGGAACAGGUGACACAAGCUCUUUACCAAGCUGGUCUCGAAUCUUCCGAUCUUAUUGUCGGUAUUGAUUUCACAAAAAGCAAUGAGUGGACAGGUGCACGAUCCUUCCACCAUAGGAGCCUGCACCAUCUUGGAGAUUCCCCAAAUCCAUAUGAACAGGCAAUAUCAAUCAUUGGAAGGACACUUUCUGCUUUUGAUGAGGACAAUCUUAUUCCUUGUUAUGGCUUUGGUGAUGCAACUACACAUGAUCAAGACGUUUUUAGCUUUUAUGAUGAUAGGCAAUGUAAUGGCUUUGAGGAAGUACUUUCUCGUUACAGAGAAAUAGUUCCACAUGUACAUUUAUCUGGUCCAACAUCUUUUGCUCCAAUCAUUGAAACUGCUAUUGAAAUUGUUGACAAAAGAGUUGGUCAGUAUCAUGUUCUUAUGAUCAUUGCCGACGGACAGGUUAUGGCCAGAAGUCCUCAAGAGCUAAGUACCAUCAAUGCUAUUGUAAAAGCAAGUGAAUAUCCUUUGUCAAUAGUUUUGGUUGGGGUAGGUGAUGGACCAUGGGACAUGAUGCACCAGUUCGAUGACAACAUUCCAUAUAGAGCUUUUGAUAAUUUCCAGUUUGUAAAUUUCACUGAAAUCAUGUCGAAGCAAGUCCCUGCAUCCCAGAAGGAGGCAGAGUUUGCUCUGGGUGCACUAAUGGAGAUACCAUCACAGUAUAAAGCUACAAUGGAGCUCCAACUGCUGGGCUGUCAAAGAGGCACUCCUGGGAAGCUUCCCCUCCCUCCUCCAGUUGGGAUUCUUGGGAACCCUUCAUCGAGUUCUUAUCCAAAGCAUAUACGACCAAGCAGCAAUGAACACAGUAACAGAUAUGCAUGGUCAAGCAGCAAUGAACAAGGAAGUGGAUUUCAUUAUGCUUCUUCUCCAUAUACAGAACAUUCUUCACAGAAUAGGAGUUGUCCUGUGUGUUUGUGGAAUCAAAAAGAUCUUGCAUUGGGAUGUGGACAUCAGACAUGCUGUGAUUGUGGAAGAGAUUUAACCUUCUGCCCAAUUUGUCGUGCCCACAUAACCACAAGGAUAAAGUUGUAUGACUGAUGCUGUUGUUAAGCAGCCAUAUAUGGGACUGUAUGGAAUUAAGCCUGUUGGUAGGCUUCUAAACUAUCAUCUACUUAUAUCAGGGUUACUACUUUUUAGCUAAAUUUAAAGAACCAAAUGAUCAUAGGAUUUUGAUUUCCUAGAGUUAAAUCUAGGAAAUCAGAAUCCUAUGAUCAUUUGGUUUAACAUAUGUCUAUAAGAAGCUUUUAAUC